AUGGUCGAAACAGGUACCAAUGGCAAGUGUGAAACUAUCAGUGAUGGUAUCUCUAGUUCUUCUAGUGAGCUGAUGAUGGCUGGGAUUCAGGCGAUAAUUGAAGAACAUUGCAGAGUGCAACGAGACACUGGCAAUCACAGUCCAAACCAUGUUGACACUGGUGGGUCUUCCAGUCUUGAGAUUGUGCCAAACAUCGACUCCAAUAUCGAUCCAAGCUUUGACCAGAUACUUUCUCAGAAUAUGAUGCCACUAAUACAGUCGAGUGCUCAAUGCGAUACAAGUGCUCAGGUGAAAGAACAAGAUACUGGUGUAAAUGUUGAUAAUAGUAAAGAUUUUUCAAAUAAUACCAUAGGGAACUGUGUUAAAUUUAUUAAUAUUAAUAGUGAAAUAUUGAGGAAAUGUUCCAAAUGCAAAAAACAAUUUUCUCAAGCUGUAGUUAAUGAUAAAGAACUGGUACCGAAAAAGAAAAAAAUAUAUAAAUUAUGUUCCAAAUGCCGUGAAAAGGAACGAGUUAAACAUAGAAUAAAAUAUAAAUCUAAAAUAAAAUCCAUUGGUAUUUGCUCUGACUGCGAUGCCCCGAUAUCAUUUUUUAUUAAUAAUGUUAACAGCAAUUCUGAUGGUGACUCUAGUAAUAUUACCAACUAUAUUGAUAUUGUGAAUUAUAUGAAUAGUCAUCCUAGUUAUUCGAACCAUAUCCAUAGCAAUAUUAGCGGACAGACCUUUGAAUCUCAGAAUGACGACAAAAUUGCUGAUAAUACAAAUAGAGAAACCAAUAAUAAGAACGACAUGAAAAAUGAUAGUAUUCACAAUAAUGAAGGCAAAGAUGGUCGGAACAAUGAUAAAAGUAAUUACAAUUAUAAUUUUAAUCAAAGUCAAAAUCCAAAUGAAAGUAAUAAUGGAAAUUUCUCUGUUACGGACAACUAUAAAUACUCUUUAUGUCCACUUUGUCGAUUGAAAUCAAGAUUGAAAAAAGCUAAAAGAGCAGAAACAGGAAAGUGCACAAAUUGUUGCAAAAACAACGACACUCCAAAUUACAAAUCUUGCACCAAAUGUAGAAACUAUUUCAAAAAAAGAAAAGAAGAACUAGAAAAAAAUGGUGCAUGCAAUAGAUGUGGCAGAGCAUUGGCAAGCAACAAUGAACAAGAUAAUAAUAAUAAGCAACAGAAUGAUUCUAGAUCUAACAAAAAAUUAAAAAGACACUAUAAAACUUGCACUAUUUGUCGUUCAAACAAUAAAAGAAACAGAAAACUACCCGAUGAAAUGAAAAAAAGAAAUAAAUUGAUAGUAGAAAACAAAGAAAUUCAAAAAAAAAUAGAUAAUUAUAAAUCUCAAAAGCUAAAAGAAAAACAAAUUAAAAAAGAGUUGAAUUCCCUUAAAAAAACUAAGAGUCAGCUUUCUCAAAAUAUAAAUGAUGAUGAUAUUGAAAAUAUUGACAAAGCUAACAACCAAAGCUUGGGUUUUAUCCGGAUUGAGGAUUCAUUGAACAGUAUUGUUGUGCACUCUGGGUUUGACCAUAAUAACAGUGCCCAGGCUUCUGAAAGAGAUGAACUUUCCACUAAGAUAAUCUCAUUUAUAAAUAAAUUGACACCUGAAAUGAAAGAAGCUGUAAGCAAAAAUCUUCAAAAGUAA